UUUUUAGUACGCUAGUAUGGAUGGUGGCUGUGUGUGGGCGUGGCUAAGUACCUGCUCACGGCGCAGCCGCGGCUUGGCGUUUCCCAGUUAAAACAGUAUUUUUAGCAAACGAUGACUCAACGCUCGAGACCUGGUUAUUUUCGUCAGGAAGUGAAUAAAACCAUUUGGGAAGUACCUGAAAGAUACAGAGAGUUAAGACCGGUUGGGACAGGCGCUUAUGGUACAGUAUGCUCUGCUCAGGACCGCAGAACAGGGACAAAGGUUGCCAUCAAGAAACUCCUCCGGCCUUUCCAGUCAGAACUUUUUGCCAAGAGGGCUUACCGGGAACUCCGACUUCUCAAACACAUGAAGCAUGAAAAUGUUAUUGGACUACUGAACGUUUUCACCGCAGACCUGUCACUGGACCGAUUCCAAGACUUUUACCUGGUGAUGCCCUUUAUGGGUACUGAUCUUGGGAAACUAAUGAAAACUGAGAGGCUUUCAGAAGACAGAGUUCAGUACCUUGUCUACCAGAUACUGAGAGGACUAAAGUAUAUCCAUGCUGCUGGUAUCAUUCACAGGGACCUCAAGCCAGGCAAUCUAGCCAUCAAUGAAGAAUGUGAACUCAAGAUCAUUGAUUUUGGUUUGGCCCGUCAGGCUGAUAGUGAGAUGACAGGCUAUGUGGUGACUCGCUGGUACAGAGCCCCUGAAGUCAUCCUCAGCUGGAUGCACUACACCCAGACUGUGGACAUCUGGUCUGUUGGCUGUAUCAUGGCAGAGAUGCUCAUUGGAAAACCGCUGUUCAAAGGACAUGAUCACCUGGAUCAAUUGACUGAGAUCAUGAAAAUCACAGGAACACCUACGCAAGAGUUCAUCUCCAAACUGCAAUCCCAAGAUGCUAAAAACUACAUUCAGAAGAUGCCCAAACUUAGGAAGAAAGAUCUUCAGAUUUUGCUGCCGGACACCAACCCGCAAGCAAUUGCUGUGUUAGAGUCCAUGCUGCUGCUGGACCCGGAAAGCAGAGUGACCGCAGCUCAAGGUAUGGCUUUGCCCUACUUCUCUGAGUUUCGUGAGCCAGAGGAGGAGACUGAAGCUCUGCCAUACGAUCACUCACUGGACAAUGCUGAGCAGUCACUGGAGCAAUGGAAACGACUCACUUUUAGUGAGAUUCUUACCUUCCAACCUCCGCCACUGGGUCCAGUGCAGAAAGAGACAUCACUCUGAGCGGAACCUUUCCACAUUGAACUCUUAAACAUCUCAAGCCAAGUGUGCCAUAGCUGUUCUCACGUGACCCAUAGUAUUGUGUGUGUGUGUGUGUGUGUGUGUGUGUGUAUGUGUGUGUAUACAGUAUGUGUAUAGAAAAUGAUACACUUUAUGAACUGUACAACAUAUUUUGUGUUCCAGUAAGUGCUACUGUGCUGGUUGUCAAACAUAAACGGUGCUAUCCAGAUGCCUUUAUUAGGACACUGCACGACUUAUUCAUGAACACAAAGAGGCAUAAAUGCAAUCAUUUCUUUGAGCAGGUGUUUGUCUAAAAUUCUAUAAUCUGGCAUGGUCCAUGGACCCAUUUGAGCCCAAUGACACAUAGGACUAUGCAUAUGUUAAACCCAAAAAAAAAAAAAGGUAUUUCUGAAAAUAUAUUUUCUAUAGCGAAUUGUCUGUAACCAAACUUCAGCUUUUUUGCAAUAAAGACAAAUUGGUUUA